CACUGCCUUCUUCCAUGGACACCGAGGAGGCGCCGAUGGCCGGCGGCGCGGCCGUGCACGUCCUCGUAUUCCCGUGGCCGGCGCAGGGGCACAUCAACCCCAUGGCACACCUCGCCGUGGCCUUCGCCGGCGCCGGCGCCCACGUCACCUUCCUCCACACCGACCACAACCUCCGACGCCUUGGCAGCGCCGUGGCGGCGGCCUCGCCACGGCUCCGCUUCCUGUCCGUCCCCGACGGCCUUCCCGACGAACACCCACGCUCGGUGGCCGACAUCCUGGAGAUCGGCAGGUCCCUGGCUACCGCCGGCCGCGUGGCGUACCGUGCGCUGCUCGCCUCGUUGCUGCAGCCGCAGCCAGGCGGCCAUGGCGGCGCCGACGCGGGUACAGGAGCGGGAGGCGGUGGCUGCUUCCCGCCGGUGACCGCCGUCGUCGCGGAUGGGCUUCUGACCUUCGCCAUCGACAUCGCCGAGGAGCUCGGCGUGCCUGCGCUGGCUUUCCGCACGACGAGCGCGUGCAGCGUCUUGGCGUACCUGUCCGUGCCGAAGCUUUUCGAGCUCGGUGAGCUGCCCUUCCCUCCGGGAGGCGACCUCGACGAGCCGGUGCGUGGCGUUCCAGGCAUGGAGGGAUUCCUACGCCGGCGAGAUCUCCCGAGUCCGUUCCGCCGUCACGGUGACGACCACGACGUCGGCCCCAUGCUGCAACCGGUGGUCGAGCACAUCACGCAGAGCUUCAAGCAGGCACGGGCGGUCAUACUCAACACGGCCGCGUCGCUCGAGGGCCCAGUGGUCGCGCACAUCGCGCCGCACGCGCGCGACGUCUACACCAUCGGCCCUCUCCACGCCAUGUCCCCGGCGCCGGCCACGGCCAGCGCCGCCAGCUUGUGGAAGGAGGACGACGGUUGCUUGCCGUGGCUGGAUGCCCGGGCGGACCGGUCCGUCGUGUACGUCAGCCUGGGGAGCCUCACCGUCAUUUCGCUGGAGCAGUUCACGGAGUUCUUGUCCGGGCUCGUCGCCGCCGGCCACCCUUUCCUCUGGGUGCUCCGGCCGGACAUGGUCGCGGCGAGCCAGAACGCCGCCGUCCAAGAAGCCGUCAGGGCCGCAGCAGGGAACAGCAAGGCGGCGUGCGUCGUGGAGUGGGCGCCGCAGCGGGACGUGCUGCGCCACCGCGCCGUGGGGUGCUUCCUGACGCACGCCGGCUGGAACUCGACGCUGGAGGCCGCCGUCGAGGGGAUACCAAUGGUGUGCUGGCCGUUCUUCGCCGACCAGCAGACGAACAGCCGGUUCGUUGGCGGCGUGUGGAGGACGGGGCUGGACAUGAAGGACGUGUGCGACAGGGCCGUGGUGGAGAGGAUGGUCAGGUUGGCGAUGGAGUCCGGCGAGAUCAGAGCAUCGACCCAGGCACUGGCGCGGCAGGUGAGGCGGGACGUCGCCGCCGGCGGCUCGUCGGCGAGAGAGCUCAAGCGGCUGGUCGGCUUCAUUGGGGAGCUCGCCAUGCCUAUCCAAUGUGCUGCUAUACAUGACUUCGAAUUGUUAGAUAAUUCAAUUCAAUCAUAA